AUGGCAAAAGCUUUCUUCUGCCUCCUUCUCCCACUCCUCAUCGCCUUCUCUCAAACAUCUCCGACCACCGGAGCAGAUUCCACCUUCGUGCAAUCCGUAAAACGGAACCCAAUGAAGCUCCGAUCAGAAAAACUCAGCCACUUCCGAUUCUACUGGCACGAUAUCAUCAGCGGCCCCAACCCGACGGCCGUCAACAUCGUGCAACCGCCUGGCAACAAAACAGCACCCACCGGAUUCGGUAUGAUCAACAUGAUCGACGAUCCAUUGACGGAAAAACCAGAAGCAGAUUCCAAGUUAUUGGGGAGAGCACAAGGGUUGUACGGACUGGCGUCACAGGGGGAGCCUGGGUUGUUAAUGGCGAUGAACUUUGUGUUCUCGACAGGGAAGUAUAACGGGAGUACGUUGACAAUUUUGGGGCGGAAUCCGGUGAUGCAUAAGGUGAGGGAGAUGCCGGUGAUUGGAGGAAGUGGGCUUUUCCGGUUUGCUAGAGGGUAUGUUCAGGCGAGUACGCAUACUUUUGAUUUGAAAACAGGGGAUGCAGUUGUUGAGUAUAAUGUUCAUGUUAUGCAUUAUUGA